AUGGCCGAAAUCAGCAACCAUGAUACCAAAACAGACCCUUGCCUGGCAGAUAACUAUGUUAUGAUGGAUGAUCCAACAUACUUUACGACUUACGAAACUGACCCAAACUCUGUCCGAUGUGAGACUGACAUUGUAAAGCAAUGGUACAGGAUCAAAUUCGGUGCUGUGGCAACAUCACCACCACCUUUAAACAGAUGUGGUACCGAACAGACGGUGUGGAUCGACCCUUUAACCUUACCAUCCUCGGGAGAAAGCGGCUUUGUAACACUAUGUUUGAAAACGUCAACAGGAGACUGCCCAUAUACAGGAACGAUACUGGCAAAAAACUGUGGCUCGUUCUUUGUGUACGAACUGAGGCAGCUGAAUGCGCGUUUUUGUCCCCUCGGGUACUGUUUUGAAAAGGACACUGGUAUGAUACAGCCGUCCGUGUCAGCAUCUUUGGUUAAUGGGACGAUAACAAUUGAUUCUACCGAAUAUCCGAACAAAGAGAUCCUUUUUACAUGUCACCUGGAGGCUAACACAGAUGUGGAGUUGACGUCCUUAUAUUACGAUGUUGUGUGGUACAUCAACGAUCAGGAAAUAACACGGAUGUCAGACCUCACUUACUCGACCUACAUUAAUAAUGGGGGGCUCAGUGAAGGCGAAUGGAGAGGAAAGUAUUCCCUCCCAAUGCAGGUGAAGUGUGUCGUCCAAGCCAAAACAGAAGUGUCUACGGGAACAGAUCACUUCAUCGACAGCGCUCCGUUCUACGCUGGGUUCAAGACGGAGCUAUCAGGAGAAACUCUCCAGGAAAACGGUGAGUUGAAUCUAACGAUACGACUGACUGUUCCUCUUGGCUGCACGUACCUCAACAACAUGGAACAAAAGGAUAUCCAAAAACAUGAACAAGACCAUUGCAAGAUGGCAAUUCGAGUAGUGAUACCAGACGAAGAUUCUGCGACGGAUUCUUGCACACCCGGUCAUGUUAUUAAAAACUCCAUCACGUUUGUUAACUAUAAUUGUGGAGAGUUUAUCCACCAUAGUAGCUGGGAUACUCCAGUGGUGUUGACACUACACGGGGCGCCGGACAAUAUCGUCAAUACCGGACAUCGCUUCGCAGUGAUACAGCUUCGAGCAGACUCUGUUUUUGGGCACAGCGUAUGGAGUGGAGCAGUUGGUGAACAAAUAGUAGUACAUAUCCACGAUGAUGAUAUAAAUAUCAUGGGUAAAAAAUGCUACUCUUCAAACGAUCCACACAUGCAAACUUUCGACGGCAAGAACUACGAGUUACAACAUACCGGAGAAUACGUCUUGUAUCAACAUGAUGACCAGUCGAUCGCUAUUCACGCCUACUUCCAGCCGUGUAAGUGGGGUUUACCGAACGCGAAAUGCAAUUGCGGAAUUGCUGUACGCUAUAGUAAUGUUGUCUUCAGGGCCAAUUUCUGUAAGCAUUCCAAUGGGUACAACAGAAUUAUCGAGUUGAACGGCUGUGACAAAGACGCAAUGAAGAUACACAACUUCCAAUCCAGCACGACAUACGGAUCUAGCUUCGAGAUAACCCUUCAAACCGGUACAGUGGUAACUUUUAGCUACGGUUCGUUCAGAGAUUCUGUAAUAUUCAUCCAUUAUAUCUACGUUAAACCGUCCAUGCUGGACUGGAAAGCCUCGAGAGGGUUGUGUGGAUAUUUAGACGGAUCAACGGCAAACGAUUUUAUAAUGAAAGACGGAUCGGAAACACUUAACGCCAAUGAUUUCAGCAACAGUUGGAAAAUUACAUCCGGGAGUUCUGAAUCACUCUUUAUAAACCCAUUGCAACCAAAUCCGACACCUUCACCGAUGAACCAUAGCUAUUGUACCUGCAAAAACGAAAGCAUUUUUGAUGAACACGUUUCCUGUUCGGCUUUUCCUGUAAAGGCCUGUUCAUCUUCCGAGUCCUCGGAUUCCAUUGUUGCUAGCUUGACUGGUUAUAUAGACAUGUGCAGAACAUCAUAUACAAAACGUGAUACAGAGGAAGAUAUGGUGUUCAUCCCUUUGUACCCAAAUCUGGAAGAAGGCAAUGAUACCGAAAGUGAGGUUCCUGAAUGGUCUGGUAACUGGACAGAGAUUUCAGCUGCUGAAGCUUGCAGGGAGUUCCUUAGUGCUAGUAAACUCGCACAGAAAUGUGAGGAAGUGAUACCAGGUUUUGACACUGAAGCCUACGUACCCGACUGUACAAAGGAUAUCAAACUCACAGGAGGAUCUACUGUGUUUAUGGAGUCAACACUGUCCUUACUACAAACAGCGUGUGUGACUGAAGCAGUGCGUUUAGAAAAUCUUACACGGGACGAUAGCGGAAAUGGCACCACCCUCCUGGACGAGAUUUUAGCCUUGAGGUGUACCAACAAUUGCUCCAAUGCAGGAUCAUGUGUAAAUGGUACUUGUCAGUGUGAAACCGGAUAUGAAGGACAUGAUUGUUCUCAAAGUGGAAACGACCCACCCUUGAUUUCGCAGGAAACAAAUAUGGGUUUGUGUGAUUCAUCGAUAAACACUUGCUCCAAAUACGUCGUGUCAGGAGAUAACUUCAUGCCGAAGCGACCCACGUGCAAAGUUAGACCAUUCAAGGUUAUUGAUUCUUCAAUCGAAAUGGAAGGGAACGAAUUAAUUUUCACGGGAGAAUAUGUGAACACUUUCAUCGUUAUCUGCGAUAUUCCGAAUUCUCGUAAACGCCGCUCCACCACUGAUAAUCAGCUGCCGACUGGCUACAAGAUCAGUCUCUCAAACGACGGGACGACCUUCAGCACUGAGGUUACUUUCAUCAACUUUGACGCCAACUGCUACGAGUGCAACAUAACUACUAUGACGUGUACAGCAAAGGGUUGUAGCCAGUCUGUUCAGGAUGACUCCUCCACCAUUGCGCAAGACAAUUCCUCCAAAACUGCCGUCGUGAUGGGUGUGGUCGUUGGCCUCGUGUCACUCCUCGUUAUUGUAGUCGCUUUGUGCUGCAUAAAGAAAAAAUUCGCAAAGAAACAGACUGCUGUCAUAUCUGGUGAUAAAAGUAAGAGUGACGAUGGCAAAUGGAACGAUUGGGAUCUGUUCAACUCGUCUGAAUUAAUCAUCGGUGUUCGUCCUCCGUUCCAAACAUGUUCUAAAGAAAAGAUUGAUCUGAACAUUUACGACAUGAAGAAAUCUCCACAACCAUAUGCGAAUGAAAGGAAUGCCGAAACAGUUAUGGCUUGGGAGGAGGAUGCGGGGUUAAAAAAUUGA